GGGUUUGUAGUCAUAGCUAUUAUUCAAUAUUUUAUCUAAUCUUAGCAUUCUCAAGGACAGGGUACUGCUGUUAUCUAAAAACCGUGCAACUGAGCUAAAACGUGAUGUCAUGCUUUUCUAAAUACACGUAUUUACGUUCAGUCUAUUGAGAAAUGGACUUAAGUAUAGCGAGGUGUAUGUAAUUGCAUUCUUCUAACGAUAACAGAACCACUUGAAAUUGGCAAGAGAUAAAAACCUCGAGCCUCGUCUAGGGAGUUUUGCUCAAGGAAAGCCUUCUGUAAUAGUAUGCUGGAAUCAAACAGCGUGAUUCGUUUGCAGAAAGACACUCCCCUUCGGAGCAGGUACAGAAGUCUUGCUGUUGACCCUUCUGAACAGUGGCAUCAACCCCUCAAGGAGCAGAUCCGCUGGGAUACAGUAACCAGUUAUCCGCAAACAUUGAUGCUUCACAUUUUAGUAAUCCGAGCUAGGCACGCGAUUUGUUAUUUACUGAGGGUUAACAGUGGCCGUGUUGUGCUUAAGGACGCGAUUCCUCUCUCGGCAUCUGGACAGACUCAACUGUUUGGCAAACGGGAAGCGGAGGUGGGUCGCUCGGCAUGCGCGGCGUGGCUGUAAUUCCCCGGGGCCCCUAGCCUGGGAUUUACCUGCGUGCGCUGGGGGCUUGCUGCUGCCUCUUCUGGUGCCGUCCGUGAUCUCUGCCCUCGGCUGGGUCUGUCGUUCUAAUCCUCCACGCUUCUGAAUUUAUACUUUAUCAUACCUAGAUUUUCUUCAUGAAACAAGGAAGACUUGACUAAGAGGCCCGGCGUGUGUGCAGUCCCGAAGCGCGGGCGCGGUGUCGGCAGAGGGCAGUAACCGGGCAGGCAGCGGCGCCGAGGGGCCCGGCGCGCCCGCGGGCCGGGAGCCGCCGCGGGGUCCCCGAGCUGCCGCUGCGCCGAGGAAACCCGCGGAGGAGGAGGAGGAGGCGGCGCACGCCCGCUGCAGAGGUUUGGAAACGACUUGUUCGCAGGGAAGCCGCAUGAGUAAGGCCUCGCUUGGCGAUGGACUCCCAGCCCGCGCUGGCCUGGGUCCUGCUGCUGGGCCUCAUUGCUGACUGCCUGAAAGCCGUUCAGCCCAGAGACUUCACAGUGAAAGACAUCAUCUAUCUUCAUCCUUCAACCACACCAUAUCCUCAUGGAUUUAAAUGUUUUACCUGCGAAAAGGCAGCAGAUAAUUAUGAAUGCAACCGAUGGGCUCCGGAUGUCUAUUGUCCAAGAGGUACAAGAUACUGCUAUAGCCAACACAUGAUGAAAGUUACUGGAGAAAGUGUAUCUGUCACCAAACGCUGCGUACCAUUAGAGGACUGUCUGUCUACUGGAUGCACAUAUAUAAAACACGAAGAAUACAAGAUCUGUACUUCCUGCUGUGAAGGAAGCAUCUGCAACUUGCCACUGCCAAGAAAUACAACAGAUGCGGUCCAUCUCCCCCGACUGAGCCCACUGGUGUGCCAGAGUUAUGCCCUGCCAAAAAGCCAUAGCACUGUCAGACAAGGCCUCCAGCUCCAGCCCUGUCCCAGAAAGAGCCUGGCCUGCGUGUCCAGCAAGGCAGCAGCUGUCCAAGUAAUCCGCUCUGUCCUAGGUGCAGCGUGAACAACCUAACAGAACGACUUAACAAGUAGGGAACCAGUACGUGAUUCUGUGCUCCAGAGUGUUGGUGGCCCCUGUCUGCCUGCAGAUUGACCCUUUUUUUUUUUUAACAUAUAAAUGCUGAGCUGCGUCAUAUUUAUUUGUAGGCUCUAUAUAAUGUUAUAUUUCUUUUAAAUGUCUAAUUUUUUUAAACUAUUGUAAAUGCUGUACAUUUGUAUAAAUAAAUGUUUUAAAUAUUCA